AUCUCCUAGGGUUUUUAUCCCUCUUCCUCUUGUUCUUCUCUGUUCAAGCUCUCUCGCUACUCUCUUAUUAAAAAAAAAAAAAAAUGAGGUCAUUUCUUCAAACGAUGAUACGAGUAAUCUGAACAAUACUUCUUUCAUGAAAGUGUUCAAUUCUUUUCUGGUUCUUCUGUCCGUUCUGGUUUUUGAACAUCCGGAUUGAAGCGAUGUUCAUCCUGGAGAGAGGGAGGUUCUUCUGUUCCGGCAGAGAUGAGGUCUUCGGCAAUCAGGCCAAAUCUCGCGCUAUAUACGAACUCGGUCAUAUUCUCUCCCCUGCGCUUGCUAUUUUGCUGUGUCUGGGUGUUUGCUCGAGUGGCGUCGUCGCAUCGGCUACUUCUACGGAGGAAAGGCGAUCGAUCGACCGACUCGUCGCAGCAGCUACUUCAACGGAGGAAAGGCGAUCGAUCGACGGACUCUGCGCAGCAGCUACUUGAUCAGUGAUUUUAUCGAUGUCGGAUCAAGAGAAUGAGGUUCAAAUUGGACCAGUUCUUAAUCUUGUCCUGAAGGCUGAUAUCAGGGCUGAGCUUAAUCAAGCAGCUGCGCCUAUUGUGCGUCUUCCUCCUGAUGAUUGUCUGGUCACUCGUGCUGCUGCAUUUUAUCGUCGACUGCUAUUGCUAAAGCUGAAGUAUCUUGACUUAGUAGUUGUGGAUGAUGAAGGCCAAAUGAACAAAAUUGAAAUUGAGAAUCUUGCUGAUAUUCUGGUUGUUCCUAUGCCAGAGCUUGAUAAUCUCGAAGGAGUCGCAUUGCUAAAUGCUGAGAAAUUUGCUGUAGAGGCUGAGUGUGAAGAGGCUGAUACUUAUCUAAUGCAUCCUGGUCCCCCUAAUGUGGAAUUUAGGGCUGUUACUUCCUAUCAUGUGUACUUGAUGCGAAGAGUUGAUCAAUUGGAAACUGAGAUUAGGUUGAUGGACAUCCCGCUAGGUGGUGGUGCACAAUCAAUUCCUUCGGUGAAUGGCCUGCUGAAUGCUUCCGUUAAUUCUAAUUCUGCUGGAGGUGCUGGAGUUGGUGAUGCUCAGUCUGUUCCUUCCGUGAAUGGCCCUAUAAAUGCCCAUCUUGAAGUUCUUCCAGAUGAAGUUCCUGUUGGUGUUGAGAUACUUAACCAGAAUAUUCAAGCCCAUUCUGCACACUCUGCUGUUUAUGGUCCAGGUAUUUUUGUUGCGCUGACUGUUAUGUUUUGUUCUUUUAUUUGUUUGAUGUUGCAUAGGUUUAUUAUUGAUAAGCUG